AUGAAUAUAAUUACUGAACUCACUGAAUCUAUUACUGAAUUAACAACAAAAACAACAGAAAAUUAUCAUCAAAAACCAGAAGAAGAAGAAAAAAAAGAAAACAACCUUGAUAAAGAAAAUAAUAAUUGGACAGAUAAUAAUAUUAACCAAAGUUAUUAUCAAAUCUUUCAAUACGAUUUCUCUCAAUCUCUCACUUCUCUUUAUUCAACCAAACAAUUAUUUAAUCAAACUGUUUGGGAAAGUUUAAGAAAUAAUGGUAAUAUAAAAAAAGAGAAUGAGUUAUCUUAUAUUCCAAAUGGUUUAGAGGAUAAUUUUUUUAAAGCUGCUAAAUGGUCACCCGAUGGAUCAUGUAUAUUAACAUCUUCCAAUGAUAAUAUAUUAAGAGUAUUUGAUUUAAAUUCGAAUGUGUUCGAAGUGAGUGAAGAACUUGAUUUAAAUCCUUCACUUAGUAUUCAUUCCGGAGAAACAAUAUAUGAAUUUUGUUGGUAUCCAUUGAUGUCAAAUCCUGCGACUUGUUGUUUUCUCUCAUCCAGUCGGGAUCAUCCAAUUCACCUGUGGGACGCGUUCACGGGAAAGAGUAGAUGUUCUUUCACUAUAAUCAAUCAUCGUGAUCAAGUUGUAGGACCCAAUUCAUUAUCAUUUAAUUUAGAUGGUUCCAAGAAUAUGAUUAAAAUGUACGAUUCCAAUCGACCCGGUUAUGAUGGAAUCGAAUGUCCCACAACUACCACAAGAAAGAGUAGAGAUGGUCAAAAAGGCAUUAUAUCUUGUCUUGCAUUUAAUCCAGAUUUUUCAGGUUUAUAUGCAGCUGGUUCAUAUUCUCAAACAAUUGGGCUAUAUGAUGAGAGUAACAAUAAAUUGUUAUAUCUUUUGCGUGGUUCAAAAAGUGAACCAAUAGGUAGUGUUACUCAGGUUUUAUUUUCCCCUGAUGGAAAUUACUUAUUCUCUGCAUCAAGAAGAGAUAACCAUAUUAGAUGUUGGGAUAUUCGAAAUUCUGGAGAGAUAUUAUAUAAUCUGUAUAGACAAGGAGAUACAAAUCAGAGAAUGUCAUUUGACAUUGAUAAUACUGGUAGAUAUUUGAUUACAGGUGAUCAGUAUGGAAAAAUAAUGAUUUAUGAUUUAAAUCACGAUAUUGAAAAUAAUGAAAAUGAAAUUUCAAAAUUAGUUGUUUUAGAAAUUAUUGGUCAUGAUGAUAAUUCUCUUAAAAUUUGGAAAGCAGAGGGAAAAUAUGAAUGGAAUUAUUAUAAUGUAGAAGAAAAUAUUACAUUCGUUUCAGACAUUCCAAUUAAUAUUGGAUCAUUGGAUCUUAAGGAAGGAGAUAAGAAGGAAUACCAACAACAACGACAAGUAAAUUCGUCUCUUUAUAUCGCUAGACCUACUUUUGGUCUAAUAGAUUUUGGAUUGAAACAGACUUUAGGUACCGGAACAUUUGGACGAGUGUUUCUUACGAAGUUUAAACAUACAGAAUCUUAUUAUGCUAUGAAAGUUUUAAAAAAAUCCGAAGUCGUUCGACUUAAACAAGUUGAACAUAUUAAUUCGGAGAAAUUAAUUUUAACAGGACGAUUCACUAACGAUAUGACCCGUUUUUAUACAGCAGAAAUCGUACUCGCGAUCGAGUAUUUGCAUUCUAAAGAUAUCAUCUAUCGCGAUCUUAAACCUGAAAAUCUAUUAUUAGAUUCAAGAGGUCAUAUAAAAAUUACCGAUUUUGGAUUUGCAAAAAAGAUCGAAGAUCGAACUUGGACAUUAUGUGGUACUCCGGAAUAUUUAGCUCCGGAAAUAAUUAAAAGUAAUGGACAUGGAAAACCAGUAGAUUGGUGGGCAUUAGGGAUUCUAAUAUUUGAAAUGUUAGCAGGUUAUCCCCCAUUUUUUGAUGACAAUCCUUUCGGUAUCUAUGAAAAGAUUCUUGCCGGAAAGAUACAAUUUCCUCCUCAUUUCGAUUCAAAUGCCAAAGAUCUCAUUAAACGUCUUUUAACGGCUGACCGUUCCAAACGAUUAGGAAAUCUUAGAGGAGGUAGUGAAGAUGUUAAAAAACAUAAAUGGUUUCGAGGAGUUGAUUGGCAAGGUUUACAUGAUAGACGUAUACAAGCACCAAUUAUCCCACCUUAUCAGCAUCCAGGAGAUACUGGUAAUUUCGAAAAAUAUCCCGAGCCAACUGAUGAUGAUAAUAAAUUGGGAAUAACCGGAGAUCCAUAUCGACAUUUAUCUUUUCAACUUUUUCAAUUAAAAUUAAUGUCAUAA